GCUCGGCUGGCGUGAUUGGCGCAAAUAGUCACAUGGUGAAACUAACUUUACGGGGUCGCCAGCUAGUAGGAGGGUUUUAUGGAGCAGAAAAACGACAAAGCGAGAAAAAUUAUUUUCCACUCCAGAAAUUAAUGAUCAUGAGCUCGUAUUUGAUGGACUCUAACUACAUCGAUCCGAAAUUUCCUCCAUGCGAAGAAUAUUCGCAAAAUAAUUACAUCCCAGACCACAGUCCGGAAUAUUACAGCCGGACUAGGGAGUCCAGUUUUCAGCAUCAUCACCAGGAAUUGUACCCUCCACCUCCUCCACAGCGACCCAGCUACCCCGAGCGCCAGUACAGCUGUGCCAGCCUCCAAGGUCCCGGCAACCCCCCAGCGCAUCAAAGGGGCCAUGGACCACCACCCGGAGGCCACCAUCUCCCCGAGAAACCACAGCAGCUCUGUGACCAAACGGCUCUCUCCAGCGCAGCCACCUCGCCAGCCCCAGCCCCUCCAGCCUGCAACCAGCAAAACCCCGAGCAUCCUAGCAGCACGGCCACUAAGCAACCCAUAGUCUACCCAUGGAUGAAAAAAAUCCACGUCAGUACUGGUAGGCAACUUUUCUCUCUCUCUCUCUCUCCUCCCUUCCUUCCUUCCUUCCUUCCUCUCUCUCUCUCUCUCUAGUGUGUGUGUGUAAGUGCGAGAGAGGGAGAGAGAGAGUAUGUGUGUUUUUCUCCCCUUCACACCAUGCUUGCAAGCUCUCUCUCUCUCCCCUCGCACUCACUCACUCACUCUUCUCCCUCUCUCGCUCCUUCUUUUUCCCAUCUCCUCCUUUGCCUUCAACGAGAGUCUUUGGGUUAGCACAAUUGAGCUGGAUUUACGACUCCGAGUGGGUAAUUACACCCACCAUAAAUUUUAUAGCCAAGCUAGUCUGGGCAGCCCCAGCCAUGUGGUUCGUUCUGUUAUGUAUGUGUGAAACUCCAAAAGGCUUCGCGAGGGGUGCAUAAAUAAUUCAGGCUCUUUUCAAGCCAGGGAAACCCCUUCUUAUUAGAAGAGAAAGUCUUGGGUUCUUUAUAACCCAUUUAGCUGAUGACUUUUUUUUCUCUCUCUCUCUCCCCUCUCUCCUCUCCCCCCCUUUCUCUCGCUCUCUCCCCCUCUCUCUUUCCCCUGAGCCACUGGAGAUCUGUCUUUCUCUCCCUGUGCAUCUCUCUCUCCGCUCUCCUUCCCCUGCCUUUCUCUCUGUCUCUGUAUUCAUGCUCAUCUUUGGGUGUUUUUCCCCCCAGUGAACCCCAAUUACAAUGGAGGCGAGCCCAAGCGAUCCAGGACUGCCUACACCAGACAGCAGGUCUUGGAAUUGGAAAAAGAGUUCCACUAUAAUAGAUACCUGACGAGGCGGAGGCGCAUCGAAAUCGCCCACUCCCUGUGUCUCUCGGAGAGACAGAUCAAGAUUUGGUUUCAGAACAGGCGGAUGAAAUGGAAAAAAGACCACAGGCUGCCCAAUACCAAAGUGAGAUCUACGGCUCCUACCAAUUCUUCCACCAGUUCCAUUCCUGCUUCUUCCAACGCGGUUGCUAGCGAAGAACAUUCGCAAAGCUCAUCUCAGGACCAACGAGCAGAGGAUAUUACAAGGUUAUAAACAAACAAACAAAAAAAAGCAAAAGCAAAACAAACAAACAAAUACCCCCAUUAAAAAAAUAUGACUCUGAUUAUUUAUAGAAUCUAAUAUAUAUCUAUAUAUUUUGGUUCUUUUUUUUCCUCGUAGUUUUUCCCGUGCUUAAAUAUAUUAAGAAGAAAAAAAGAGAGAGGGGAAAAAAACCCACACACAAAAGAAUGAGGUCUUCCGCAAAGAUCUCAAGCUCUAGGUGCAUGUAUUAUUAGCAUGAGAGGUCAGGUGAAAUACCUGCUGGUUUUGUUUUGUUUUUUUAAAACGCAAUUUUCAGGGUUUUAUUUAUUUUUUAAAAAGGGAAGGAGUGGAAGGAUGAGCUAUGUGUGUCUGUGUGUGUCUGUGUGUCUCUGUGCGUGUAUGUUGGGGUGGGGAACACAAUGUUCUGUUUUAGAUGAAAAAUCGGGGCAUAUGCUAAUAAUUACACAGGCAAGGGAAGAAUGUAGUUAUUUUGCUCUGUGCGUUUACAAAUGGAGAACAAAAAAAAUGGACCAUUGAAGGCUUUUUUCCUUCCUUUUUUUGGUAUAAAUGUAGGAGAAAGAUUUUUUUUAAUUAAAAAAACAAGGGAAAAAACAGCACAGGAGCUAAUAGUAGCUGGUAAACUUACGGUUUAUUUCAAUGUGAAGAAGGACUCAAAGGAAGAGAGAGAGGAAGCGAGCCAGCGAGAAAGUUGGAAGGAAAAGUCAGUAGGUAGAUUUUUUUCCCCGUUUUGUCGUGGUUCUUUGUGUUUUUUGGACAUGAUUUGACAUGAACAUUGUAAACUUGCAAUAAAAGAGUUUUAGUGUAUAUGUGAAAGUCCCCUUGUUCAAUAAAAACCAGUGAGUGUGACACAGAUUUGAC